CAAAACACAUGUUUGUAUGUUACAAGCAUUUUUUUUAGCACAUCGUAGAAAUAUAAAAUAAAAAACCUAAAUAAAUAAAUAAAACACAGGUUUGCUUCACAUUGCUGUUGCCUCCACUAGUCAGGCUGCUUUUUAGUUUUAUUUUCAGUUUCAUAAAAUACGUAUGAAAGCAGAAGACAAAGCGUCUUUCAUAUCUGCUUACUGCACGUUUAUUCUUUUAAUGACCGGAACGUCCUGCACGGUGUGUGUUCUGUAGUGAAAGGUUCGAUCCUUGGACCGAGCUGUAUUGAAGCAUGCAGUCCAGACUGCGGGGAACCUCACUGAGGCGUCACUUACUGGCAGCAGCUCUGCUUGUUGCUCUAACAGCCCAGUGCUCAGCAAGCGCAGGACAGGGUGAAGAGAGCAGCAGUGAGACCAUCUCUCUUCUAGCCACCAACGGACAGCCUUUCCCCUGGAACAAAAUGAGACUUCCUAGCUCUGUCAGUCCGCUCCACUACGACCUUCUGAUCCACCCCAAUCUCACCACGCUGGACUUCACCGGCUCAGUCAAGAUCACCGUUGAGGUCAAAGAGGAUACCGGCUUCGUGGUCCUGCACAGCAAGCAUCUCCAGAUCUCCAAGGCAGUCAUUCAGCAGGGAGGGGGUGGGACCAGCCCGCUGCAGGUGUUGGAAUACCCUGCGUAUGAGCAAGUGGCACUGCUUUCAGCCACGCCUCUGGUUACCAACAGGCUGUAUGUGAUUUCCAUCGAGUAUGCGGCUAACCUGUCCGAGAGCUUCCACGGCUUUUAUAAAAGCACCUAUCGAACACAAGAAGGAGAAGUCAGAGUCCUGGCCUCGACCCAGUUUGAGCCCACGGCGGCCCGCCUGGCAUUUCCCUGCUUCGACGAGCCUGCUUUCAAAGCCAACUUCUCCAUCAAGAUCCGAAGAGAGGCCAAGCACAUCGCCUUGUCAAACAUGCCCCUGGUGAAGUCUGAGGCCCUGGGUGGUGGGCUGCUGGAGGAUCAUUUCGACAUGAGUGUGAAGAUGAGCACCUACCUGGUGGCGUUUAUCGUGUCCGAUUUCGUAUCGGUCAGCAAGAUGAGCGAUAACGGAGUCAAGAUCUCAGUCUAUGCUGUGCCGGAGAAGAUAGAUCAAGCACAUUUUGCUUUAGAAGCUGCAGCUAAACUCCUUGACUUCUAUGAAGACUAUUUUAAAAUCCCAUACCCGCUCCCGAAACAAGACCUGGCUGCUAUUCCUGAUUUCCAGUCCGGAGCGAUGGAGAACUGGGGCCUGACAACCUACCGGGAGUCGGCCCUCCUGUUCAACCCAAAAACCUCCUCGGCCUCAGAGAAGCUGGGCAUCACCAUGAUCAUCGCUCACGAGCUGGCACACCAGUGGUUUGGUAACCUGGUUACCAUGGAGUGGUGGAAUGACUUGUGGCUGAACGAAGGCUUCGCCAAGUUCAUGGAGUAUGUGUCUGUCAACAUCACCAAUCCGGAGCUGCAGGUGGAGGAUUACUUCCUGGGACAGUGCUUCAAUGCCAUGGAGGUGGAUGCUCUGAGCUCCUCCCACCCCAUCUCCACUCCAGUGCAGAACCCCGCCCAGAUCCAGGAGAUGUUCGAUGAUGUGUCCUAUGCAAAGGGUGCUUGCAUAUUAAAUAUGUUAAGAGACUUCCUGACUGCAGAUGCUUUCAAAAUCGGCAUUAUCCGCUACCUGCGUCGCUACAGUUACGAGAACACCCGCAAUGAACACCUCUGGGAAAGCCUCACCAAUAUUUGCCAGUCGGAUGAUCUGGAUGAGGGGCGUCUGCAGGGAGAUGGGUUUUGUGCAGGAAACCAGCAGCUUUCAGCAACCGCGAAAUGGUACAUGCAUGACGAGCUGGAUGUGAAGACCAUGAUGAACACCUGGACCCUACAGCAGGGCUUCCCCCUGAUCAGUGUGAGCGUGCGCGGGAGGGAGGUGCGCCUGAGCCAGGAGAGAUACCUCAAGGGCUCCGACCCCUCCCAGUCCUCCCAGUACUUGUGGCAUGUUCCAUUGACCUACAUUACCAGUAACUCCAACACAGUCCACAGAUUCCUGCUUAAAGCCAAGAACGAUGUCCUCUUUCUCCCUGAGGAGGUGGAGUGGAUCAAGUUCAAUGUGGGGAUGAACGGAUAUUACAUUGUGCACUACGAAGGCGAGGGCUGGGAUGCCCUGAUCAACCUGCUUCAGAAGAACCACACGGCUCUGAGCAGCAAUGACAGGGCCAGUCUCCUCAACAACGCCUUCCAGCUGGUCAGCAUCGGGAAGCUGCCCCUGGACAAGGCCCUGGACCUGACCCUCUAUCUGAAGCACGAGACGGAGAUCAUGCCGGUGACGCAGGGCCUGAGGGAGCUCGUCCCACUCUACAAGCUCAUGGAGAAGAGAGACAUGAGCGAUGUGGAGAACAAGAUGAAGGGCUACAUAGUGCAGCUGUUCAGAGAGCUGAUUGACAGGCAGACGUGGAGUGACGAGGGCUCUGUGUCUCAGAGGAUGCUGCGCAGUUACCUGCUCAUGUUCGCCUGCAUGCGCGGAUACCAGCCCUGCGUGGACAAGGCUGAGCGCUUGUUCCAGGAAUGGAAGGAGUCCAAUGGGAAUCUAAGUUUGCCGAGCGACGUGGUGCUGGCGGUUUACUCUGUCGGAGCUCAGACGCCUGAAGGGUGGGACUUCCUGUUCGAGCAGUACCGCCGGUCCCUCUUCAGCGCAGUGAAGAGCCAGAUUAAGUCAGCUCUGACCAUCAGCAGGAUGCCACACAAGCUUCAGUGGAUAAUGGAACAAAGCCUUCAAGGAGACACCUUGAAAAUGCAGGACCUGCCCUACGUUGUUGUGCACGUCAGCAAAAACCCAGCCGGACACAAACAUGCCUGGGAGUUCCUGAAGACUAACUGGCACACACUGGUGAAAAAGUUUGAUCUGGGCUCCCGUUCGAUUGCACACAUGGUGACUGGAGUGACUAACCAGUAUUCCACAUGGGAGAUGCUCGAGGAGGUGAGAGGGUUCUUCGAGGCCCUGGAGGAGAGCGGAUCUCAGCUGCGCUGUGUCCAGCAGGCAGUGGAGAGCAUCGAGGAGAACAUCCGCUGGAUGGACAAGAACCUGGACAAGGUCAAGGGCUGGCUGCAGCGCAAUCACCUGUAAAGAGGUUCUCGAAAGCUGGACUGAGGGAGGUGGUUUCAGACCAGCUUUAAUUUAACACCGAAGUCCUGAUGGUUGUGGUCCCAGAAUGUACAAUUCAAAAUGAUCAGAGGCUGGAAGGGUUUUGUUCACUCCCGCAUUCAUCCUCCUUUGGGACUCAUUUCAUUUAUCAGAGUAAAACAGAAAAUCACACACCAGGCAGACAAUUCUUUAAAAAAAAUAAAUAAAUAACGCAAACAUAUUUAAUGCAUUUGUAGGAACAUGGAUUAUGAACCAAACAAAAAAAUGUUUUUCAGUACUAUUACUGUUAAAAUCUAGAAGGUGUGGCCAUCUGCAGACUGUAUUUAAAACAAGACUUUUUUGUUUUAGUAAAAUUACAUUAGUCUGUUUAUCACAGAGCAGCGUUCUUCUCUUUCAAACUAGCAAUACCAAUAGGUAUUCCUUUUGCAUACUAGUGUACACAGGGUGGUUCAUAAACAAUGCCUCUUUGAAACAAAACAUUAUUACAGAAAAGAUUCAGCACAAAACUAGGUGCAAACAUCACACCCGCAUUCUGGACCAUGUCCUCCAGCAGCUACCUGGAAUCAAAGCAUUGCUGGAUCUCACUUCAAACACGUUUGUUUUGUCAUUUCUUUCAUAAGGUUCAUGGUUUAUAAAUCAGCCUUGUAUAUUGUGGAUAUGAUUAAAGCUGGCAGGAUUAGUUCUUUAAUUGGCGGGGUUGUCUUUCUAUUGCUUAAAGAAUCAUUUGUUUUUUAAAUGACAGUUUUUGUGUAGGAUAGUAUCAUUUAUUUUGCAGUGUUUUCACUGCAGUUACCAAGAUGAAGUAGCACAAAAUCUGUAAUGCUUUCCACAUUAAAAGUGUACCGUUUGAAAAGCAAGCAAAGAACAUUACAAUUCACAUGCAUAGGUGAAUGUAUUCCUGACCCGGCACAGCCCGUUGCUUUUCGUUUUGUAAGACGUGGUCUGAACACUCUUGUGAAAUGUGAAUGAUGACGUGUGUGCUGUACCAUGUGACAGAAGAGAAAGGAGGGUGAGCUUUUUGUUGCUGUGUCUGAUCAGGAACAACUGUUAAAUAAAACAAUCAUGACAACC